GAGUUGCUUUCCUGGCUGUUAAAUUCAAUAAAUUGCCUCAUAUCGGGAUUGGCGUUAUCCAGCAGAAUAAAAAAGUGUAAAAUGUGGAAUAUGUUGUAAAGAAUUAAUGUGAUUUUAACGUACAAUUUUUAAAUAAUUCUUGCUCACAAUUUGUGAACUUAAAAAAAAAUCAUCGCAAAACUUUGAGAAAAUUUAAACUUUAUGUGAAGAAAACUAUAUAAUAUUGAGAUGUUUAAUGUGAAUUUUAUUUUGAAAAACUGAAUGAGAAUAAUUCUCUUUUCUGUGAAGAAAAUUUGCGGUGAAAACGUUGUGUGUGGGAAAAAAAGGAAGAGCUUAAUAGAUAAUUCGGCGGCAAAAAAUAUUCCAUCAUUCUGAGUUCACUGUGGCCAUUUGGGCUCACCACGAAGCCCGAAUAUCUGUCGCCGGCCUCACAGAGUCCCUGCAGUUUGACUCCAUCGCCGUCUCCAUCCUCCGUCUCAAUGGUGGAGACCACAUCGUCUGGCAUUCGAAGCUGUGGGAGCCCAAAUACGGCUCCUGUUGGAGACUCGGCAUCACCGACGAGCUACCUCACUACAGCCAUGCUUCUCGGGGGUCAAGGAUGUGGCUACCUGGGGCAAAGGUUGCAAUUCAAGCCACAGUCCGAUCGUACAGACUCCCAUCAGACUAUAGUGCAGAACCACACAACAGUCAACUCACGCGUUUCUGGUUCAGCAAAUACAUCCCUCUUCACCAUUGACAGCAUCCUAGCUCCAAAGCCACAGCAUAGUCCCAGCAGUUCACCACCAGCUACAUCAAUUGGGAAUAGCCCUCUGAGGCCAACCCGUGUUCCAGCUAUGCUCCAUCCCUCGGGACUACAUCUGGGUCACUUGGCUGCCGCAGCAGCAAGUGGAUUCGGUGCAACAUCAGAUUUUCUCGUGGCAUACCCAAAUUUCUACCCCAACUACAUGCACGCAGCAGCAGUUGCUCAUGCUGCUGCCACCCAAAUGCAAGCUCAUGCCACAAUGAGCCACCACGGAGGACUCGGUGGGCCACCACCAAAACGGAAACGACGGCAUCGAACGAUCUUCACUGAAGAGCAAUUGGAGCAACUUGAGGCAACCUUUGAGAAAACUCACUACCCCGAUGUUGUUCUACGGGAACAACUGGCGCUAAAGGUUGAUCUGAAGGAGGAACGAGUCGAGGUUUGGUUCAAGAACCGCAGGGCAAAGUGGCGAAAACAGAAGCGUGAGGAGCAGGAAAGACUGCGAAAGCUCCAGGAUGAGCACAAUGGAAGCAAUGCAGGCAAUGUAUCGAAUCUCAAAACUGAAGAUGUUUCUCCACCAGUUCUUCCUCUAUCCACAUCAAUUCACAAUUUCAGUGAUGCCGAAGACUCUUCGGACCUUGAAGUUGCCUAAACUUCGCAAAAAAAAAAACAUAAAAUCCUUCAAUUUACCACAAUCCGAUAAAAUUGGCAAGUUUCAGGAGCUUUUGGUUUAAAAGUUUUCAAACAAACUUUAUUAGGGAUUGAAAAGAAUAAAAUUAGGACGUUACAAAGCAGAGAAAAUUUUAAGAAUUUUCAAAUAGAUUUUUAAAAGAAUAUUUAAUAAAAUCUUCUUUCUAAUUUCAUUCCUAAAGUUUGUCUUAUUUCAUGUAGUAUACAUGCCGUUUCAUACCGACCUAGGAAAACUCUUAAAAAAUCUCAAAAGUUCCUGCAUUUAAAAAGUAACGAGAAUACCUAUGUAUUUUUCAGUUUUCCCAUGUGAAAGAAGAACUGACUACUCCACCUUCCCCCUUUAUUCUAAUCGAUCGAAUGCGAAUGUGUUGUUAUAGGUAAUUUAAUUUGUAUAGAAAGGACAGAGAGAUUAUAUUUAAAUUUCAACUAUUUUUAAGUAAAAUAUUAUAAUAUUAAAUGUGAUACAAUCUUUUAAAAUAAUGUAUAUUAAUUUACAAACAAAAUUAUUAUACCCAGAAAAUAUUGGAAAAUAGAUAAAUUUACAGAUUAAAUGUAACAUUCCCUGAAAUAAUUUCAAAAAUUCAUAAAUAGAAUCCACAAUAUCAAACAAAA